UAUUACAACUGCGUGCCUUUCGCUGGCUGCAUCAUGGUCGGACCCUCCAGCACCUGUCACUCACGAGUGAAGACCUUUGAGGAACUUCCUCUGGAAAUGACAUCACACAAGACACAUCAUGACAGCCAGACAGACAGUGGGAUGGUUUUGGCAUCAGAUGAGCUGGAGAGGUUUGAACACAUGCACAGAGGGGCCAUGUUGAAAAAUAUAUCAGCGGGCCACAGCACAGAACGCCUCAGUUCUCCAUCCAUGAGCAGCAGCACACUGCGCCCACCCUUCUUCAGCCAGCUCUCGGGCCAAACCUUCUACAACAACGAGUACGGCCAGCUGUCGGAGGAGGGCGUCAGCGACUUCUUCUCCUCGUCGGAUCAGGCCAUAUACCAGGGAGCCUGCCCGGCAACCGCCAACCUGUAACAGCACCGAUUGGCCAGCGGUAACCAGGCCCCACCCCCUCACAACUAACUGAGCUGAAGUCUAGCUUUGUAAAGUUCUCUUAGCAGCCACUGGGUGGCACCAUUAUGUCCAUUUCAAACCAAAAAAGUAUUUUAUCGCCUUAGUUACAUAUACCUUUUUACCUAGAGUGUAAACUUCUUUUUAUUUGUACAAAAAAAGAGAGAAAAGAACCAGA